AUGCCAUCUUUUGAUGAGGUUUUGAAGGAAGCUGGGGAAUUUGGAAGAUUUCAAAAGAGAGUCUUUUUCCUCCUUUGCCAGACAGGCAUAACUUUUUCUUCCCUGUUCGCCAGUGUGGUUUUCCUUGGGCGGGCACCGGGCAGCUACUGGUGCAGGAUCCCUGGGGCAGCUGAACUAAGUGAACGAUGUGGCUGGACAAUAGAAGAGGAACGAAACUUCACGGUGCUGCCCUUGCCCCUGGGGAAUGGGUCUUCCAGCGGGCAGUGCGAGAGGCUGGAUGUCGUGUGGGACACCUCCAUCAGUUGCACCAGCCCACUCGCCAGCUACCGCAACAGCAGCACCAGCAACCUGCCACUCAUCACAUGCCACAACAACUGGGUGUAUGAACAACCCCACUCAUCCAUCAUCAGCGAGUAUAACCUUGUGUGCGGCAAUGCCUGGAUGCUGGAUCUCUCGCAGGCUAUCCUCAAUCUGGGAUUCUUGGCUGGCGCCUUCAUCCUGGGCUAUGCUGCAGACAGAUAUGGCAGAAUCCUCAUCUACCUGCUCUCCUGUCUCGGGGUUGGGAUAUGCGGUAUCAUAGUGGCAUUUGCACCAAACUUCACUGUAUUUUUGAUCUUCCGUUUUCUUCAAGGCAUGUUUGGCAAGGGAACCUGGCUGACAUGCUAUGUGAUUGUGACAGAGAUUGUUGGUUCUGACCAGCGUAUUGUUGGGAUUGUGAUUCAGAUAUUCUUCACCCUGGGAAUUAUGAUUCUCCCUGGAAUUGCAUAUUUGGCUCCCACAUGGCAGGGGAUCCAGCUGGCCAUUUCACUGCCCAACUUCCUCUUCCUGCUCUACUACUGGUAA